GUGUUUCCGGUGUUUCCGGUGUUUCCGGUGUUUCCGGUGUUCCCGGUGUUUCCGGUGUUUCAGGUGUUUCAGGUGUUCCCGGGGUUUCAGGUGUUCCCGGUGUUCCCGGUGUUUCAGGUGUUCCCGGUGUUCCCGGUGUUCCCGGUGUUUCAGGUGUUCCCGGUGUUUCAGGUGUUCCAGGUGUUCCAGGUGUUCCAGGUGUUCCCGGUGUUUCAGGUGUUUCAGGUGUUCCCGGGGUUUCAGGUGUUCCCAGUGUUUCAGGUGUUUCAGGUGUUUCAGGUGUUUCAGGUGUUUCAGGUGUUUCAGGUGUUCCAGGUGUUCCAGGUGUUCCCGGUGUUUCAGGUGUUUCAGGUGUUUCAGGUGUUCCCGGGGUUUCAGGUGUUCCCGGGGUUUCAGGUGUUUCAGGUGUUUCAGGUGUUUCAGGUGUUUCAGGUGUUUCAGGUGUUUCAGGUGUUUCAGGUGUUCCCGGUGUUCCCGGGGUUUCAGGUGUUCCCGGGGUUUCAGGUGUUUCAGGUGUUCCAGGUGUUCCCAGUGUUUCAGGUGUUCCCGGUGUUCCAGGUGUUCCAGGUGUUCCAGGUGUUCCCAGUGUUUCAGGUGUUUCAGGGGUUUCAGGUGUUCCCGGGGUUUCAGGUGUUCCCGGGGUUUCAGGUGUUCCCGGGGUUUCAGGUGUUCCCGGUGUUUCAGGUGUUUCCGGUGUUUCAGGUGUUUCAGGUGUUCCCGGGGUUUCAGGUGUUCCCGGUGUUUCAGGUGUUCCCGGUGUUUCAGGUGUUUCAGGUGUUUCAGGGGUUUCAGGUGUUCCCGGGGUUUCAGGUGUUCCCGGGGUUUCAGGUGUUCCCGGGGUUUCAGGUGUUCCCGGGGUUUCAGGUGUUCCCAGUGUUUCAGGUGUUUCAGGUGUUUCAGGUGUUUCAGGUGUUCCAGGUGUUCCCAGUGUUUCAGGUGUUCCAGGUGUUCACAGUGUUCCAGGUGUUCCAGGUGUUCCAGGUGUUCCCGGUGUUUCAGGUGUUCCAGGUGUUCCCGGUGUUCCCGGUGUUUCAGGUGUUUCAGGUGUUUCAGGUGUUCCCGGUGUUCCCGGUGUUCCCGGUGUGUUCCCAGUGUUUCAGGUGUUCCCGGUGUUCCCGGUGUUCCCGGUGUUCCCGGUGUUCCCGGUGUUCCCGGUGUUCCCGGUGUUUCAGGUGUUCCAGGUGUUCCCGGUGCUUCAGGUGUUCCCGGUGUUUCAGGUGUUUCAGGUGUUCCCAGUGUUCCAGGUGUUCCCGGUGCUUCAGGUGUUCCAGGUGUUCCAGGUGUUCCCGGUGUUCCCGGUGUUUCAGGUGUUCCAGGUGUUCCCAGUGUUUCAGGUGUUCCCGGUGUUCCCGGUGUUUCAGGUGUUCCAGGUGUUCCAGGUGUUCCAGGUGUUCCAGGUGUUCCAGGUGUUCCCAGUGUUUCAGGUGUUCCCAGUGUUUCAGGUGUUCCCGGUGUUUCAGGUGUUCCAGGUGUUCCCAGUGUUUCAGGUGUUCCCGGUGUUCCCGGUGUUCCCGGUGUUCCAGGUGUUUCAGGUGUUCCAGGUGUUCCCGGUGUUCCAGGUGUUUCAGGUGUUCCCAGUGUUCCCGGUGUUCCCGGUGUUCCAGGUGUUCCAGGUGUUCCAGGUGUUCCCGGUGUUCCCGGUGUUUCAGGUGUUCCAGGUGUUCCCGGUGUUCCCGGUGUUCCCGGUGUUCCCGGUGUUUCAGGUGUUUCAG